AUGGUGAUAACAGGAGCCUCUUUGAAUAUGGCCGUUGCACAGAGAGUCAGGGAAGCUGAAAUCACUGAGCGCCAUUCGUUUCUUCUCGUAACUUUCGAUCCUCUUGCCGUUGCACAGAGAGUCAGGGAAGCUGAAAUCACUGAGCGCCAUUCUUACAUCGGAGGCCUAUUUCAACAUGAGGAGGCACCGGAGGAGGAGGGGGAGGCGCCGGAGGAGGAGGCAUCGGAAGAGGAGGGGGAGGCACCGGAGGGGGAGGCAUCGGAAGAGGAGGGGGAGGCACCGGAGGGGGAGGCGCCCACUGAUGCGGGCGAUGCCGGCGGCGACGGGGACGAACAGGAGGGGGAUGAGACUGGUGGUGAUGGAGACGAAGACGAGGAGGAGGAGGAAGCAGAAGCCGAACAAGAGGAGGAGGAAGCAGAAGCAAAACAAGCGCAGGAGAUAGUGAAAACAUUCAGAGAAUGUGGACUAUUGAAUAAUACUCUUUUAUUGAAUAGUGAAAAUAUGUCCAUACAAAAUACAUCCGGUCAGCCACCUAAAUAG